AUGUCGACAGCACCUGAGUUCAACUCUUCCCAACCCGCUGGAGGUAACCCUCUGGAGGUUGAUGUCAAUGCCCAAUAUGCAGGUCUUGAGUUCCACUAUGUUUACCUCAUGGUCUGCGCGUUCCUCGUCUACAUGAUUAUCCCUGGUAUCGGUCUGUUGUAUGGUGGUCUGGCACACAAGAAGAGUGGACUGUCACUACUCUUCCAAAGUAUGAUGGUCGGUGCCAUCGUGACUUUCCAGUGGAUGUUCUGGGGUUACAGUCUUGCCUUCAGUCGCACCGCCGGCCCCUUCAUCGGCGACAUGGCCAACUUCGGCUUGAGAAAUGUUGCCGCUGCUCCCUCUCCUGGCAGUGCUGUCCUUCCUGAGAUCGUCUUCUGUCUUUACGAGCUUCUGUUCGCCGCUUGCACAGUACAGAUUGUCGUCGGUGGUGCUUUCGAGCGUGGCCGCAUCCUGCCUUCCCUCAUCUUCGCCUUCUGCUGGUGUACCAUUGUCUACUGCCCUAUCGCUUGCUGGACAUGGAACGCCAACGGCUGGCUCUUCAACCUUCCUUCGCUCGACUAUGCUGGUGGUGGUCCCGUUCACAUCGCAUCUGGUUGGGCCGCUCUUGCUUACGCUUUGGCUCUCGGCAAGAGAACCUCCAAGGAUCAUCACGCUAAACACAAGCCUCACAACUCUACCCUCGUGUUUGUCGGCACCGUCCUCAUUGUCUUUGGUUGGUUCGGCUUCAACGGUGGAAGUGCUCUCAACGCUUCCGUUCGUGGCAUGAUGGCUGCCUUCAACACCCAGGUUGCUGCCUCUACUGGUGUCCUUGGUUGGGUUCUUGUUGAUGCCAUCCGUCACAAGGGUCGCUUUUCGGUUGUUGGUGCUUGCGAGGGUGCCAUUGCUGGUCUUGUCGGUAUUACUCCUGCUGCUGGUUAUGUUAACCCUUGGCUCGGAGCCGUGAUCGGAUUCCUGACUGCCGUUGUCUGCGCUCUUCUUCAGGACAUCAAUGACUGGCUUCGCAUCGACGACGGUCUUUACGUCUUCAAGCUCCACGGUAUCGGUGGUAUGAUGGGCUCCUUCCUCACCGGUAUCUUCGCCAACCAGGCCAUCUCCGCUCUCGAUGGCGUUACUCUUGCUCCCGGCGCCUACAACGGCAAUGGUGUUCAGGUUGGCAAGCAGUUCGCCGAGAUCACCGCCAUCUCCGCCUACUCAUUCGUCGUCAGCUACAUUUUGCUCAUGAUCAUCAAGUACAUCCCCGGCAUGCACCUGCGUGUCGACAAGGAGGCUGAAAUCAGAGGUCUUGACCUUGACCAGUUCUUUGACGAGGAGAUGGACCACUGGGAUUUGAGCCCUGCUGGCAUUGAUGUUAUGCAGUCUGGUCAGACUGACUUCACCCACGGUGUCCCUCAGACUCGCGAGGGCUCCCUUACCCCUAACGAGACUACCCCAGUCACUGCUGAGAAGAAGUAG